AUGCAGUUUCCCCCCAACAAUGGAGACUUUACCUUCGUAUCAUCCGCGGAGGCUGAGGAGCUCAGUGGGACCAUCUCGGCCCCGGACGUGAAGCUGGACCUAGGCUCAGACUCCGGUUCAGGGCCCUACACCACCACCUUCCUAAGGCAGAGGGGGUAUGGAUGGCUCCUGGAGGUGGAGGAGGAACAGGGAGAUGACACCAAGCCCCUGCUGGAGGAGCUGGAUAUUGACCUGAAGGACAUUUACUAUAAGCUCCGGUGUGUCCUGAUGCCGAUGCCGUCUCUGGGGUACAACAGGCAGGUGGUGAGGGACAACCCUGACUUCUGGGGUCCUCUGGCCGUGGUCCUGCUGUUUUCUAUGAUCUCCAUCUACGGACAGUUCAGGGUCGUGUCCUGGAUCAUCACCAUCUGGAUUGUCGGUUCCUUGAUCAUCUUCAUCCUGGCUCGAGUUCUGGGUGGAGAGGUCUCCUUUGGUCAGGUUCUGGGGGUCAUAGGUUACUCUCUGCUUCCACUCAUCGCCAUCACACCCUUACUGCUCUUCAUCGGGGGAUUGGAGCUGCUCGCUGUCGUCGUCAAACUCUCUGGAGUCUUCUGGGCAGCCUACAGCGCCGCAUCGCUUCUCGUUGGCGAUGAGUUUAAGACAAAGAAGCCGUUGCUCAUUUACCCCAUCUUCCUGCUCUACAUCUACUUCCUGUCUCUGUACACCGGAGUGUGA